AUCAGCAAUGGUUACUCAAAAGUCUUAUCCUUAAUUUUUUGUUUUCUUAAAUUAUUCAUAAAAUAAAAUAUAACAGGGAAAAAAAAAAAUGAAAGAUUCAUGAUUCACCUAAUCAAGGAGGAAUAUAAUAUUUCAGCUACAUCCUAUAAAAUAUUUUUAUCAAAUUAUUUUGUUUUUUUUUCAGAAUUUUAUUGCUCUUGCUAACUAGAGUCAAAAACUGGUGGAAAAAAAGUGUCGCUUAGCUUAGCCGCUUUGCUCUUUUACUCGCUCUGCUGGUCCUGCAACUUGCCCCCUGCUAAACGGCGUCGUACUCCCUUCCCCACACCCUCUCUCUCUCUCUCUCUCUCUCUCUCUAGCUCGCUGGUAAAGAUUACUGAAAAACGCGGUGUCGUUUUUGCCUCCAAAACAAGAAAAAAAAUGAUAUCGAACUUAUCGACGAUUCUCCAACCCAAAUGUCAAUCUCCACGACUGCCCAGAAUCCCAGUACUCAGAGAUACACGCGCUCGCGUUGGUUCUUCGAUUGUUCGAAUGUCAGCUGCAACAGUGAAUUCAAAAGUUUCAAUGAAAUCCAUUGCAGUGAAACCUCCUUCACAUCCCACUUAUGAUUUGAGGGGUGUCAUCAAGUUAGCACUUGCUGAAGAUGCUGCUGAUUUAGGUGAUGUAACAUCCAUGGCCACCAUACCAUCAGACGUGGAAGUGGAAGCCCAUUUCUUGGCAAAGGAAGAUGGGAUUAUAGCCGGAAUUGCACUUGGUGAGAUGGUUUUUAAUGAGGUUGAUCCUUCUCUGAAGGUGGAGUGGUUUCAAAAUGAUGGAGAUUUUAUUCGUAAAGGGUUAAAGAUUGGAAGGGUUUAUGGAAAGGCACAUAGCAUUGUUGUGGCUGAGAGGGUAGCCUUAAAUUUUAUGCAGAGGAUGAGUGGAAUUGCAACUCUAACUAAGGCAAUGGCAGAUGCUGCACAUCCUGCACUUAUCUUAGAAACGAGAAAAACUGCUCCAGGUUUACGAUUGGUGGAUAAGUGGGCGGUACUCAUUGGUGGAGGGAGAAAUCACAGAAUGGGAUUAUUUGAUAUGGUAUUAAUAAAAGAUAAUCAUAUAUCAAGUGCGGGAGGGAUCAUAAAUGCCAUAAAAGCUGUAGACCUGUAUCUAGAGCAAAGAAACCUCAAGAUGGAGGUUGAGGUCGAAACUAGGACAUUAGAGGAAGUAAAUGAGGUAUUGCAUUUUGCAUCUCAAACAAAGACUUCUUUGACCCGCAUAAUGUUGGAUAAUAUGGUUGUACCACUGCCUGAUGGAGAUGUUGAUGUGUCUAUGCUUCAAGAAGCUGUGCAACUGAUCAAUGGGAGAUUUGAGACUGAGGCAUCUGGCAAUAUUACUCUUCAAACCAUCCACAAAAUUGGAGGAACAGGCGUGACCUUCAUUUCUAGUGGUGCUUUGACUCAUUCUGUGAAAGCUCUCGACAUCUCCCUCAAGAUUGAUACAGAGUUGGCUCUUCAAGUUGGAAGGCGCACAAAUCGAGCAUGAUCAUACUGAAUUUAUACCCUCCUUUAAUACAUGUUAGUUAAUAAUACAAUCAGAAAUGACUGGUGCAAAGAAAAUGGGCACGAAAGGCAGCAAAUUUUCAGAUAUCCCUUUUGUUAGUUGGUAAGUGGUAUACGCGGCUUUCUCUACAUCUACUAUGUGACCUCAUUGUGAUGAAAAAGCAGAAGCAAUUGGUUUUUCAGCAGUACAAAGUUAAAAUAUGUAUUGGAGGUAUUCCAUUUUGAUAUCAUUAUCAAAGUUUCAUUUUCAAUAACUGUUGUAAGCAUAAUAUAUAUAAUUAUGAAAGAAGUUGUUGAAAGUUUCAACAGAAAUCUAUAAUAAGUACAUAAGAUGGGAUUCUUCACUGA